ACAGAUUCAAUCAUGAUCCGGGCUUGUCUUAUUCUGGCUCUGGCGACCAGCGCCUUCGCUGGCUACGUCAACGGAGGCUAUGGUCUCGGACUAGGCUAUGGUCUCGGAUACGGACACGCCCUCGGCUACGGACACACUCUUGGCUACGGUCAUGGCCUCGGCUACGGCCUAGGUCUUGGCUAUGGCCAUGGCCUCGGCUUCACCCACGGCCUCGGCUACGGCCAUGGCCUCGCUUACGGUCAUGGUCUCAGCUACGGCGGUCUGAGUGUUGCUGCUCCUGCUGUCACUCGCACUGUCUCCUACGCCGCUCCAGCUGUCACCAAGGUUGCCGCCAUCCACGCUGCUCCAGCCGUCGCCACUUACGCCACUGCCCCAGCCGUCACCAGGGUUGCCACCUACGCUGCUGCUCCAGUCGCCACGUACGCCGCUCCGGCCUUCACCAAGGUUGCUGCCGUCCAUGCUGCUCCAGCCGUCGCCACUUACGCCACUGCUCCUGCCGUGACCAGGGUUGCCACAUACGCCGCUGCCCCAGUCGCCACCUAUGCUGCAGCUCCAGUCGCCACCGUGGCCGCUGCUCCAGUCGUCACCCGCACUGUCGCCACCUCCCACGUCGCUGCUCCAGUUGUCGGCGCCUACCACGCUGCCCCAGCUGUGACAACCGUUGCUCACGCUCCAGCUGUUGCCACCGUUGCUCACGGCCCAGCUCUCGGCUACGGCUACGGAGUUGGACACCUCGGCUACGGUCUUGGCCACUACGGCUAUGGACACGGUCUUGCCAGCUACGGCCUCAACUACGGUUAUGGCCUUGGCACCUUCGGCGACUACACCACCCUUCUUCGCAAGAAGAAGUGUAAGUAUAAAAUUUAUGAUUUAAACAUUGAAAAAAAAAACUGUAGCUAG